UCGAAACUGAGCUUGUUUGUGGGGCUCAACAUUCCCUGUCUUCGUGUAUUGGAAGGUCAUACUUUAUUAGUCUGUGGUCAUAUUGAGUCUGAUAACCAUGUUCGAUGUUGCCCUAACUGAUGCUGGUGCCAAAGUUGUAUUGGCUACUGCGAGUGAUGAAAAACAUCCGCCGGAACACAUGAUAGACGGGAGUGAAGAGACUUUCUGGUCAAGUACUGGACUAUUUCCACAAGAAUUUGUCAUUAGUUUUUCUGGUCUUAUGAAUAUUAAUGCAGUAAAUCUUAAGACAUAUCAAAUACAUAAAAUGAGUAUAGAGCGAAGUGUACAAGCUGAACCUAUAGAUUUUGAAAUUCUGGAAGAAAAAGAAUUUACAGUAACAGACAUGGCUUUACAAGUAGAAGAUUUCACUUUUGAUGAGGCCACCGCUGCAACCCAUCUGAGGUUUGUCGUCAAGUCGGGAUAUGAUCAUUUUAUAUCUGUCCAUCAAGUUAGUGUAGAUGGAACUGCUGCAAGACAGUGACGUCAAUACAGGAUUUGUUUAAUUAUGUCCCAUCUCUUGGAUCUGUGAUGUGGUAAAAACAACUUUUGUAAGAGAACAUAUUUCUUGUCAGUGAUCAUGUCAGAUUUGCGUUUUUACAUGUGUAUAAGAAUUGUGUAUAUAAAUUAUUGAAAAUAGCAUUUGCAAGAAUUUGAAUAUAUUCUUUGUU